GAAAAGCUUACCGCUAAUUCUUAUCAUCUUCAAGUUUCGGCGUGAAGAUGGCUGUGUUGCCUGGUUUUCUGGGUGUUUUGGUUCUGUCGUCUCUUGCUGUCCUUUGCAUAGUUGAAGGCAAUGUCCAUUACUACGAUUUUGUUUUGAGGGAGAAGAACUUUACAAGGUUAUGUAGCACCAAGAGCAUGCUGGUCGUGAAUGAUAUGCUACCGGGGCCGGUGAUUCGGGUGCAGAAAGGAGACACCGUCUACGUCAAUGUCCAGAAUCAAGGAGAUUAUGACCUAACUAUUCACUGGCAUGGAGUACAUCAACCAAGAAACCCAUGGUUUGACGGUCCCGAGUACAUCACACAGUGUCCUAUUGAACCUGGUACAAAUUUUACUUAUGAGGUUAUAUUUUCUGAUGAGGAAGGAACAGUCUGGUGGCACGCUCACAGUGAUUGGACACGAUCUAGUGUACAUGGUGCCAUUGUUGUUCUGCCCUUAAAUGAAACUGGCUUCCCAUUUCCAGAACCUGAUGGAGAAGAAAUUAUUGUUCUUGGAUCUUGGUAUUUAGAUGAUGUGAACGAGGUGGUCGCCGAGGCCCUGCAAGACGGUGAAGACACUCCUCGCUCUGAUUGCUACACCAUCAAUGGACAACCUGGUGAUUUCUUUGCAUGCUCGAAUGAUAGUACCCAUCGCUGGGAAGUCGAGUAUGGAAAAACCUAUAUUCUUCGCAUGGUUAAUGCAGUGAUGAAUGCAGAGCUUUACUUUGCUAUUGCUGAUCACAAUCUCACUGUUGUUGGUAUGGAUGGAUCAUAUGUCAAACCUAUUCUCACGAAUUUUACCAUGAUUGCUCCUGGACAAACCAUGGAUAUAUUGGUCACAGCCAACCAGCCUCUUGGCAGAUACUACAUGGCUGCUAGACAAUAUGACAAUGUUAGGCCAGACGUUACCGACUAUGACACGUCUAAUGUGACAGCAAUUCUCGAGUAUAAAGGCAACUACACACCCCCAGCAUUGCCAUUUUUCCCAAGCAGCCUCCCUACCUAUGAGGAUUUGUAUCCUGCAGCAAGCUUCACAAACCGUAUUAAGAGCUUGGCGAAUUCAGAGCAUCCGGUAAAUGUUCCAAAGAACAUAACUACCAGAAUGUAUAUAACGACUGAGAUGAAUAUGGUUACAUUUACCAAUGGUACCGAUGAGAGAACUGGUCUGGCUUCCAGUUUGAAUAAUGUUAGCUGGAUUAAUCCAUCAACAGAUGUGCUGCUUGCCUACUACAGGAACAUGACUGGGUUUUAUACCUCAGACUUUCCAGAUUAUCCACCUGUCUUUUUUGACUUUGUGGCCGAGGGUUUGCCAGAUAGUGUUGCUACAACUGUACAAGGUACUAGGGUCAAGGUGUUAGAGUACAAUGAAGAGGUGGAAAUAGUGUUUCAGGGUACUGAUGUAUUAGAUGCAUCAGAAGAUCAUCCAAUGCAUAUGCAUGGUUAUAGCUAUUAUGUAGUUGGAACAGGUUUUGGAAAUUUCGACAAUGAAACAGACCCAGAAUCAUACAAUUUGAUUGAUCCACCAAAGAUGAACACUGUUACAGUCCCAAAGAAAGGAUGGGUUGCUAUUAGAUUUAAAGCAAGUAAUCCUGGUGUUUGGUUUUGGCACUGUCAUUUUGAUCGACAUCUCAGUUGGGGAAUGAACACUGUGAUGAUAGUGAAAGAUGGAGGCACCCCAGAGACGAGUAUCCGGAAACCACCUGCAUACAUGCCUCCCUGUACUGAAGCACCUACCAUCAAGCAGCAACCAUUUCAUCAUAAAUCCGGCAGGCAAAGUAAAUAGAUUAUGAAUCUCAUACGACUUUUAUAAGCUAUAUUGUAGUACAUUACCUAGUAUUUGAGUCUAAAUAAGACAUACAGAGAGACCAAUGAAAUCAUAUAUUUACAUCAAUAUUGGUUUGGCCCAAUGUUU